AACACAUUUUUGUAUUUUUUUACUCUAUAGACAUUUUAAUGCCAACUCACAAUUAUUUAAAUUUUUAUCGGUUAAAUUGUUUUAUAAGAAUUUUGUUGAAGAUAUACCUACACAUUCACACGUACACAUUCAUACGUACAUAGAAAUACAUUUAUUUAUUUGUUUGUUUAAAAUUUACAUGUUUUAAUUCAAAACGUAGAAAUCAAAGAGACAUUAUUUUUGAAAAUAUAUAAUAUAUCUCACAUAAAAACAAUAUGUGCAUUCUAUAGUUACGCAAUUCAAAGUGGCGAUCUGUCAAGGUUCCAAAUGCAACGAAAGGCAGGGAAGGGGAAUGUAAAAAAAAAAGCGAAAGAGAUUUUUCCUAUUAAAACAGCACUGGCGCAACGUGACAGAGUAAGGGAGAAAGGGAACAAUGCUGGAAUUGUACGUAGAAGGGCGCGAGAGGGAUCGGCGGCGGUGGGAAGACGGACGACGCAUGUGUGCCUCUUGGGGAGAAUGCGAGCGAGCCGGCAGCCACCCCCUCGGUGCAAGGCACCCCCGUGUGGUGUUCCCUCUAUAUGCGAGAUCGUUGUCGCUCGAUUCUGCGCCGUUGUGUGUUUCCCGCAGGGCGGCUCCUACCGUCUAAAGCUCUCUCUCUUCCUGGCGUUAUCGUGCGCACCCCCAAGGGAUGUGUGCACAAAUGGUGGUGUGACGCGCGCGGUCGGUGUCAAAGGAGAGACGAAGCGUCUCGUGCGUGCGUGCGUGCGUGCGUGCGUACCGGCCGACAUCAGCAGUCUCCGAGUAAAAUCGAGAGGUGCUUUUUCUGGCCCAGCCAUUAGUCGCGAUGGUCGCGAUCACCGACAAUACCAGCCAGUUUUAUUAACAAGAGGGUGUCACAUUGGACAGCAUUGCUUCUCCAAGGUGAUAGAUAGGAUAUAUAAAGGAGAAUGGACUAUCACAGGGUGGUGCGCGAAAUAGACCGGAUAGGGCGUUCAGGCGCGAUAGUUGGCGAAUACGGCACGUAUCGAUGUCAAAGAGGAACGCGGCGAAAGCCGGUCACGACCAAAAAGCUGUAAAGGCGCAAUUCAUCGGGCGCUAUGUAGGAGCCGGCAGAAGUUACCGGUCAAAGGUCAGGGUGACGUAGCACGCGCGCGCGCGCGCGCAGGUAGCGUUGACGCGGGGCAGACCACCUGGCUGACAUGGUUCCUUAUCGUGAUGAUUCACAGCGGGCUGUAAACCGAGGGGCUGAUGACACGACAGCAUUUCUUCGCGCUGCUCGGUCUGGCAAUCUCGAGAAAGUGGUCGAAUUUCUUGAUACCGACUUAGAUAUUAAUACAGCCAACUCGAACGGUUUAAAUGCCCUGCAUUUAGCUUCGAAGGAUGGUCAUGUCGAGAUAGUAACCGAGCUAUUAAAAAGAGGCGCAAAGGUAGAUGCGGCAACGAAGAAAGGAAAUACCGCGUUACACAUAGCUUCCUUAGCUGGCCAGUCCGAAAUAGUCAAUAUACUCAUUCAAUUUGGUGCCGCAGUUAAUAUUCAAUCGCAAAAUGGAUUCACUCCUUUAUAUAUGGCUGCGCAGGAGAAUCACGAUCAUGUCGUCAAACUUCUGCUCAGCAAUGGAGCAAAUCAAAGUCUCGCGACUGAGGAUGGAUUUACACCGCUUGCUGUGGCGAUGCAACAAGGCCACGAUAAAGUGGUCAGCGUACUCCUUGAGAAUGACUUAAAGGGCAAGGUUAGAUUACCGGCACUCCAUAUCGCCGCGAAGAAAGACGAUUGCAAAGCCGCUGAUUUACUCUUACAAAACGACCAUAAGCCCGAUGUGACAUCGAAAAGUGGUUUUACCCCUCUUCACAUCGCCGCUCAUUAUGGAAACGAGGAAAUAGCACGGUUAUUAAUAAAACGAGGAGCCGAUGUAAAUUAUUUAGCUAAGCAUAAUAUAAGUCCGUUACACGUGGCGGCAAAGUGGGGCAAGAAUAAUAUGGUUAAGAUAUUGUUGGAGAAUUCGGCACAAAUCGAUGCCAAAACCAGAGAUGGUUUAACUCCGCUACAUUGUGCAGCGCGAUCAGGACACGAACAAGUUGUCAGCACUCUUCUUGAAAAUUCGGCACCAAUCAGCGCGCGCACCAAGAAUGGGCUGUCACCAUUACACAUGGCCUCGCAAGGAGACCACGUGGAUGCAGCAAGAGUGCUGAUGUUUCAUCGGGCGCCAGUAGACGAAGUUACCAUCGAUUAUUUGACCUCGCUCCACGUUGCCGCGCACUGCGGCCACGCUAGGGUCGCCAAGUUGCUACUCGAUCGUAAAGCCGAUCCGAACGCUCGAGCUCUCAAUGGCUUCACGCCGCUCCAUAUCGCUUGCAAGAAGAACCGCAUCAAGGUGGUGGAACUCCUGUUGAAGCAUGGCGCGUCCAUCGAGUCGACCACGGAGUCCGGGCUGACUCCAUUACAUGUGGCCAGUUUUAUGGGGUGUAUGAAUAUCGUGAUAUUCCUACUGCAGCAUGAAGCCAAUCCUGACGUGCCAACUGUUAGGGGUGAAACACCCCUGCAUCUGGCAGCUAGAGCUAAUCAAACAGACAUUAUUCGAAUUUUGCUAAGAAAUGGUGCCCAAGUCGAUGCUCGUGCAAGGGAACAGCAAACGCCGCUUCAUAUAGCGUCCCGAUUAGGAAAUAUCGAUAUUGUUAUGUUGCUGCUGCAGCACGGCGCGGCCGUGGACACCGCCACGAAAGAUAUGUACACGGCGCUUCAUAUCGCGGCGAAGGAGGGUCAAGAGGAGGUGGCGGCCAUUCUUGUGGAGAACAAAGCUUCUCUCAAGGCUGCAACGAAAAACGGCUUCACACCUUUACAUAUCGCAGCUAAAUACGGGAAUAUGAAUGUCGCAAAUAUACUCUUGCAAAAAGAAAGCAAACUUGAUGUCCAAGGAAAGAACGAUAUCACACCCUUGCAUUUGGCGGGUCACUAUGAGCAUCCAAACAUCGCGACUCUCUUAUUAGAGAAAGGAGCUUCGCCUCAUCUUGCAUCACAAAAUGGACACACUCCGCUACAUAUCGCUGCUCGCAAAAACCAGAUGGAUAUUGCCUCUUCUCUCUUGGAGAAAGGGGCGAACGCGAACGCGGAAUCCAAAGCGGGUUUCACCCCGUUGCAUUUAAGUGCCCAAAAAGGACAUUACGAUAUGACAAAUUUGCUCAUAGAGCAUGGUGCCAAUCCCAAUCACAAAGCCAAGAACGGACUUACGGCAUUGCAUUUAUGCGCCCAAGAAGAUUUCAUUAGGGUGGCUUCUAUCUUGGUGAAGAACGGGGCCGAUGUUGAGAGUCAAACAGAAACUGGUUAUAGACCGAUACAUGUGGCUGCACACUUCGGAAAUUUGUCAAUGAUACGCUUUUUAUUGAAACAUAACGCCGCGAUUGAUGUUAGAACUAAUCAGAAUUAUACUCCGCUUCAUCAGGCGGCCCAACAGGGUCAAGCUCAUAUCGUCACGGCUUUGUUGGAAGGAAAUGCUUCACAUAAAGCGUGCACUAAUGAUGGUUUAACGGCACUGAAUAUAGCGCAAAAAUUAGGAUAUAUCUCUGUGAUGGAAGUGCUGAAGGGAUUGCCUUAUGACAAUGGGACUCCAGAUAACAAAAAUUGGGAAGAAAAGUACAAAGUAAUAGCUCCGGAAAGCUUGCAAGAGACUAGUUUUAUGUCUGAUUCGGAAGAUGAAGGAGGUUCUGACGCAUUAAUUAAUGAACAACCUUAUCGAUAUCUUACAGCAGAUUUGAUGAAGAGUUUAAGGGAUGAUUCGUUGCCUAUUGAUGUUACUAGGGAUGACCCUGUGCACAGACAAAUUACAAAAGAAGAUAAGGAAUUUGCACAAAUCAAUAACUACUGUUUAGCAGAAAAUGAAUUUGAUAACGACGGACUGAAUCUGGGAAAGCUGCACUUUAGAUCAUUUUUAAUAAGUUUUCUGGUCGAUGCACGUGGUGGUGCCAUGAAGGGAUGCAGACACAGCGGUGUACGGAUUAUUGUGCCGCCUCGAAGAGCAACGAUGCCGAUUCGCGUAACAUGUAGACUAGUAAAAGCAAGUAAAGUGCCGAAUCCGCCCCCUUUGAUGGAAGGAGAGGCGCUCGCUACUCGAAUUAUCGAGAUGGGCCCAGUGGGCGCGAGAUUUUUAGGACCCGUCUUAAUUGACAUACCGCACUUUGCGUCCGUUCGCAAAGAACGGGAAAUUAUUAUCCUGCGAAGUGAGAAUGGUGAAACGUGGAAGGAACACGAUAACUCAGUGGAUAAUGAUGAUACUCUUUUUAAUACGCCUUAUGAUCCUCAGAUGAGCGUUGCACACUCAGGUAGAAUUAUUCGCAUAAUUACUACAGACUUCCCGCAAUAUUUCGCCAUUGUAACCAGAAUUAAGCAAGAAGUCCAUGUUAUCGGCGCCGAAGGCUGCAUUUUGUUAUCCAGCGUAGCGAACCAUGUGCAGGCCGUUUUUCCACCAGGAGCAUUAACAAAAAAAAUUAAAGUUGGCUUACAGGCGCACGUUAUUCCGGCUGAACUCACAGCUAAACUGCUUGGCAAUUGCGUUGCUGUUUCACCAGUGAUUACGAUCGAACCCAGGCGACGAAAGUUCCACAAACCGAUAACACUUACGAUCCCCGUGCCACAAGCCGCGAACAAGGGGAUGAUCAAUCAAUAUGGUGGAGAGACACCUACGUUACGGCUCUUGUGCAGCAUCGCGGGUGGAACAAAUGAGUCACAGUGGGAAGAUGUUACUGGAUCAACGCCAUUAACUUUCAUGAAUGAUAAGGUGUCAUUCACCACUACCGUUUCAGCACGAUUCUGGUUGAUGGAUUGUAGAAAUAUUAGCGCAGUACCAAAAAUGGCAACGGAGUUAUAUGAAGCAUCCUUACAUGUGCCAUAUAUAACAAAUUUUGUAAUAUACUCGAAGAGAAUGGACGUGUUAGAAGCUACGUUGCGAAUAUUAUGCAUGACUGAUGGUAAGGAAGGCAUGCACACUUUGGAAAGACAAGAGGAAUUUAUGGAAAUCGUUAAAAGCCGCGAUGUUGAGGCACUUGACGGAAGAGACCUUUAUAUUGAGUUCAGUGGAAACUUAGUGCCAGUAACGAAAUCCGGCAUGCAGUUGAAGUUCACGUUCAGGGCUUUUCGACAGAAUCGAUUGUCAUUCCAUGUAAAAGUAAAAGACCCGUUAUUGGAUCCAGUAGCAAGAAUGUUGUUCAUGCGAGAACCGAAAGUUGCUAAAGGAGAACCACCUCAGCAGCCUAUUUGCGUGUUAAAUAUUGUCCUCCCCGAAACUAUUGUUAAACAUGAGAGACAAAAGAAGUUAAAAGGUUUUAAAGAUUCUAAUAUUAUAAAUCAAAAAUUAGAUUACUAUAAAUCAAAGUACGAAAUGGAACAAAUGGAAAAACCUGAUAAGUCUGACGAUACCUCCUCACCGGAAAAGAAAUUUAUAACCGACACAUUACAAAAGGAACAAACAGAUGCCGCUAUCCACGAAUCCUUUGCACAAAAAGCGGCUUGUCCCCUAGAAUCCGUAGAUGCUAGUUAUCCCAAUAUAAUAGGCGCCGGUCAAUCAGAACCGGAUCUGUCGCCCGAUCUCGAAAGACAAACGUACUCAGAGAAGCGUCAAUUCUGGGAGGAUAUUUCAAGGAAACACGAUCACUAUCAGCGAUCCGAAUCCGAGAUCUCGAGGACUUCUCAAUUAACUAUUAAUGAGAGCGACAGCGAGUCAUGUCAGCCGAAUAUUGCGUCUGAGGAGGGUGAUGGAACCACAGAGGGCAUCUCGGACGUCAUUAGGUCGGAGACUAUCGAGGAUAUCAACGUGCCGGACAUCUCGGAGUGUUCGGUGGCGGAGAAGGCGCAUUACUUUGAGGAGCAGAUACAGAAGGAGAUGGCAAAGGGCACACCAAGAUUGCAGCAAGACUCCACCAAGUCUGAAAGAGCUAAAGGGAAGUCAAUUGAUCAAAAGAUUCGUGAGGAAAAGAGUACGGCGGAAAUAACGAAGGAAAAGAUCGAUAUUGAGGAAAGACAUGUGGCAGAAUCGAAAGAGAUACAUAAAAUUUUAACGGCUGCUGUGGAGGAUAAUAAAUGGACAAAAGAGACACAGAAAGAUAUAAAAGAUAAAAAGAAAAAGGACGACGACAAAGUAGUACAUGAGGAAAUUCAAAAAAUAACAGCUCAGCCGAUGAUGGAGAUUUGCAAGGAAUUGUUGAACAAGGAAAGAGAACUCGCUGAAGAAACACAGGUAAGACUGGUUACACAGGUUCCAGAAGUUAGCACAAAAAUGAAAAUAUUUGAGGAGGAACAAAUGGACAUUAAGACCAAAUCAUUUCCUUUGGAUGAUAAAAAGGAAAUCGAGCAAUUCCUCGAAGAAGAGAGACGAAUCGUCGAAGAAGAGGAAAUGGAAAGAAAAAGAAUGAUGGCUGAUAUAGGUCUUGGCGAAAAGAAAAAAUCCAUUGUUGGUACGGAAGUCAAACAGAUGAAAAAAGAAUUCGAAUCUCGUAUCCCAAUUUCUAUGGCAAUGGCCGAGAAAGAUAAAACUCAAAAAGAAGGAAAAGGCAAAACAUUUCCUGAAAAAUCUGAGGAAAAAUCAUUAAAAAGUUCUGUUGCGGAGAAAGGAAAAGAUGUUGCCUCACCAUCCACCAAGAAGAAGGAAUUUGAAUCUCGUAUACCUAAACGUAUUACAGAAGGGGCAACAAUAAAAGAGAAGGAAGAAAUGAAGAAGGAUUUUCCAGGAUGGAAAGAUAGCGAGACUAUUACUGUCACUGAGAGAAAGUCCAGCGAGGAGGUUACUUCGCGGCACGAAGAACGCUCGACCACAAAAAAGAGUACGACUCAGACUUUUUCCAAAACCUUUACCGAUGCGCAGGACGCGUUUAAGAUGUUCGAGGAUAUAAGUGCAAUGAGAGACAAGGAUUUCGCUACUGUUACUUCGAAGGUCGAUACCAAGGCUACUAGUAAAGUGGAAAAGAAGGAAGUGCUUUCAUCAGAGAUUUCCAGCGGUACGGAUAAAUUUAUAACUCAUGAGGAGAAAGAGAAAGUAGAACGGAAAAAGUCUUCAGAAUCCAAGCUGACUAAGGAAUCACCGGCUGAAACAAUAGAAGAGAAGACAAGCAAAACCAAAGAGGUAGAUGAGACCGCUGUGCAGAAGAUGUCUAUGAAUGUGAUAGAAGGCAAGGAGGUGAUAGAUGCAAGCGCUUCUGAGUCUAAAGCAAAGAGUAAAAAGGAAGAAUUAUUUAAAUUAUUAGAGGACAGCAAGGGAACCGCGACGGAAAAAUCUGGAACUAGUAUAGACAAGAAAAGUGAUGUAGAUGUGGCGAUUAGGAUUAAGAGGGAUAAUGAGAAGAAGGUGGAGGAUAUUAAAGAAUUACUUAAAACAGCUAAAGUUGAAGGAAUUGAUUUGGAAAAGGUUGAAACGGUCGCGCAAGGACAGUCUUAUAGAGAGAAUGUGGAAAGUUUUACAGUUAAACAGUUUGUACCUAGUGAAAGGGACAAGACAGAAUCAACUGAAAAGAUUAAAAAAGUCGAACAACUUCCGAGCAAAAUACCAAUAUCUUUAGAGGAAAAAGAAAAAUUAGUCACCAAAGAAAUCGAAGCGCGGAAUAUAGCAGAAGGUCUGAUACAGUCGAUUGAGAGUGAAAUUGAAAGAAGAUCGUCUACGUCAGGAUUAAAAUCACAGAUGUUGAGUAAAGAAUAUUUAGAGCAGUUAAUUUCCGAGAGUAGCGAUACUGAUCACGAGAAACUGGCAGACGAUCUGACGAAAAAGUUUGAAAGUAUUAUGCAGAAAGACGAGCAAUUGGAUUAUCCAAUUGAGGAAACAGGGAUGUCAAAGAUGUCUCUACAAGAGGAAUUAUUCGAGAAAGGAUAUGCCAGAGAUAGUAUAAGCGAGGACAUAACAAAAGAUGAAGAAUCGUCACUGCAUGAUAGAGAAGAGAGUUUACAAUCAUCUUCGCAAGCGAAACUUGAAGAUAGAGACAUCACUAUCAGCCCUAGCAGUAUAUCUGAGCAGCUUGAACUUGAAGAAACUCUUGACGUUGAUACUGGAGAAUUAGAUGAUAUAUCUAAGCCUGUGUCCAGUCUACAAUCCGAUAAACUUCGUUCGGAUAGAUCGAGUGGUCAUAUCGAGCCACUUCAGAGGGAUGCCAAUUUAUCGAAAGACAAGAUAAUGUCGGAGAUUUCAGGCGCUAGGGUGUUAGAGAUUUUGGAACCAGGCAUAGAUAGUCGACAGGAUUCGGUCGAUGUGCCGUCCUUGGAAUUAGACGAGCAAAAAACAUCCGAACAAACAAGUAAGGACGUAACUACCUUGCAUGAAAGUGUGGCUGUAGAUUCUUUAGAGAAGAUUGCUCAGGAGAAAGACGUAACCGUUGGCUCCAGCACAGUGUCCGAGGACUAUUUUCCGCUACAAGAACAAGUUUUAUCUUCGACUGUUUCAUCGAGAGAAUACGAUGCAAAGGACAGACGAAGGGCGGACAGUUUUGAAAUCGAGAGUCCGCCGUUGGUUUCGCCAAGGAUAAAACAUGUACGCGAUUUGGAGAUCAAGCCGGUGGACUGGAUGAUCGGUGAUGAAAAGAUUGAAAUAUCAGAAACACUGGAGCCCUCUCAGGUAUUCAAUCAGGAGCUGGAGGAGUAUGAAUCAUCUUUGCGACGUGCCCGCACUAUCUCGCAAGAUGAAUCCAUAGACCAGGAACAAGAGUCCAUAACUAAGUCUUCGGAGGAAAUCAGUGUGAUCGAAUCGAUGAAAGAGUCGGUUGUUAGUGACGUUAAUGUUACAACUACCACGACUAAAAUAACAAAGUUUACCGUGACUCCGGUGAUUGAGCCGGAUUUUGAUAGCGAACUAAUCGAAAAUAAAUUAGAUGUUACUUGUCAAGAACUAGUCGACGCUCUGCAACGGGAACAUGAUGCUAAAACGCCGACGGAGGAAUUCAUGGUUAGUAUGCGACAAUCGGAACCUCGCGAAGAUUUUGACUGGGAAACGAGUAUUACCGAAGCUGUCACGGAAACGGUACCUAUGAAAGAAGAGGAAAUAAAGGAUUUAGCUAUGGAAAUGGCAGAAAUUAAAGCUCAAGAAACAGAUAAAGAGAUCUUUCAACAAGAAAAACUUGAAGUUAUUGAUAAGACAAUAAAAGAGUCAGAAGAUAUAAAAGAAGAAAUUACUGAGACUAAAGAAACUCAAAAAGAUUCUACGAAAGAUGAAUCGGAUCUACCAAAAUGUGCAAGAGUUGAUGACGUAUUAAAAGAAUGGACAGAGACUUAUCUGUCGAAGAUCAAACCUCCCAGCGAUGAUUAUAAACGACACAUGGAAAAGACCACCGAGAAGCACGACAAGUUCAGCAAAUCGACAACUUCUUCCGAUACUUGUGCCUUGAAAAUAAAAAAAGAUGAUCUUCAAAAUGUCGAUUUGAGCGCACGAUAUGCAAUAACGGUACUGGAUCAAGUAGUAAAAAAAGAGAUUGCCGAGGUAAAAGAGUCCUUAGAAGCAGCUAAACAGGACUUGAUAGAAGAACUAAGCGAAAACAGUCAAACCGUGAUUCAGAUCAAAGAUUCGCCUUCAGAGUUUCAGUUCAAACUCCAACCGGAAUCCAUCCCAAACGAUUUGCCAUUUUUAUACAAACCACCGUCCAUUGAACAUGUUUCUGUAGAGCCUGAAUUAGAAGCUGAAACUGAAGCUGUUACGCAUAGCGAAGCGUUAAUUGUGAAACCUGAAAAAGUCGAUGAAGCGAAGCAAGAAGAUAUAAUAGAUGACAAAUUACCUGGCCAAGCAACAGCUGAUACUAAAGAUAGACCAGCGGUAAUUAAAGCACCUGAAAUCGAUAUUAAGAAGCACGAAGAAGAAGAAGAAGAAGAAAUCAUUGAGGAACAACAGGAGGAAGAAGAGGAGGGUCGUCCUAGUCCGCUUCCUAUCAGUAGAUCGUCAGACAUUGGUUCAGACAUGGAUAACAGGGAUGACAGCUACUCUUUGGCACCACCCCAUCCAGCACCAAGAAGACGUCAGAAACCGACCAGAAUAUCGAAAAGAGUUUUAACUUCAGAGAGCGACGCCGAUGUCGGUUCAAGUUCUGAGAGCAGCAACUAUCAAUCCUGUGAUUACGAAAUUGGUAGCGGGAGCAGACCUAGUUCGUCUGAUGUUGAGGCGAUGCAGUCCGCCGCGGGUGGUGUGCAAUCCGGGACCGCAUCAGAAUACGAGACAGCAAUGAUGUCUGUCGAACACGAGAGAUCAAAGACGUUACCAACGUCGCAAGAGUAUCAAACUGCAGCGAGUACGUUAAGUUCUCACGAAUCCAUGAAAUCCUUGAACUCUCUUAGUUCAGGCCAUCUCGGUAGCAUCGAUAGUACCAGUGAAUUGUCAGAGACACUAGUACCCUCGGAGGAAGCGGACGUGGAUGUGAACGAAAUAGAUGAGAACCUAGAGAGCGCGUUGGAUGCAGAACAUGAGAUAGCAUCGGACUCUUCUGGUAGCGAAGAGAUACCGAUGGAUGAUGUCAAUGUGGUGGACAAAAUCGACAGUCAUAUACCAUGUCGUAUGAAGCGUUCGUCCGAGAUGAUUUUCCAACAAAUUGUGGACGAUAGCAUGAUUAUAGAAACCGAAUCAAUGAACAAAGUGUUGGAAGAAGACCAAGCCGGAGCCGUGGAUUCAGCUAUUUCUACUUCUACGGAUGUGUCCAGAGUUAUUCAAUCCGUAGAUUUAACAUCACAAAAAUCUGAGGACAGAGUUGAAGAUGUAUGCACGCAGGUGAUUUCUACGCGAGUUACCAGGCCCAGCGAUAGCGAGGAACUCGAGGAAGAGGAAAAGAUAGAUUUAGAAGUACAAAGAGAUAUGGAAAAAGACAUGGAGACAACAGAUGUACAAACAGUAGAAGGUUUGGAACAAAGAUUGGAUCACGAAAUGAUCGAAGACGGGGGACUGAUACAGUCAACAUCCGUCCACGCAAUGCUGCAGCAGGCUAGCACGUCUUUAUCUUCAGCAUCAGGCAUGUCCUUCGAUACAGUUGUUGAAAAGGAUUUAGAAAAGGAUAGAUCUGAGCGUCAUUCACCCGACAGUGAUUCAUUCGAGCUCGUAGACAAGCCCGACAUCAUCGAUGACUUCGUGGUGAUCGAGGAAGUCGGACGUGAGGCGGAAGAGUUCGAUGCCGAGGGUAAGAGCAUUCGCAUCAGCGCAGUACCUCAGACCACUAGCAAGCAAUAUGAUCGCGACUUAGAGAACAUGAUUGUGGAAAACAAAGAGGACACCCAAGUAUCAACGAGUCAACGGUCGAAGAAUAAUGAUUUGUUUGAUUUUGAAACUGAGGAGAGUCCGCCCCAGGCGUCGAAUGACGACCAAUCUCAGUCUUUUUCCGAUGAAGAGCCGUACGAAAAUAAGAAGUGGGUAGAAAUGCAGUUCCAUGCGGAUCCGCGGGUCUACGAUAUCGAACAAUAUGACCGCGGACCCUUAGAGGAUAUUAAGGAGGAGGAGGUUACUGAUUUUGAAGCUGGCAGUAGUAGACUUGGUAGUUUAGGUAGUCAUAAGGAAUCUAUAGGUAGUGUGGGAAGUAUGCGUGGUAGCUUCGGUAGCACACCGGACUAUGACAUCCUAGGAAAGAAAUAUUUCAGUAAGCCUACCGAUCACGAUAGUGCGUCCUUGACCUCACUGCAGGAAUUUGAGCACUUGGAGAGUACCGUGGCGGCCGAGAACUCGCGGAAGUUACAGAGCGGUUCGCAGGAUUCCAGUAGCAAUAAUGGCAGUCUUCCGAGAAGAUACAUGACCGCUCGUUCAAGUCACGGAGACGACGUCUCGUUAUCCUCAUUAAAAGACUUCGAAGGUCUAGAGAAAGCCUGCAGGGAGGCUCAUUUGAUGGAACUACGGGCUCGCGAGGAAGAGGAAUUACUUGAACAUGAGAGUCCGGAGAACAAAUAUAAAUUAGAAAAUCUGCCGCGUUCGAGGACAGACAGUAGUGCACCCGGCUCGAUUAAUCCUAGCACUUCUGGAUCGGAUGACUAUGAAAAAAGGAUAAAAGAGAUUGACGAGAUAAUACGCAUCGCGCAGUCUAACGUGGAGAAACUGGAACGGCAGGAUGACACCACGGAGGACAUCUCGCAGAUUGAAGGUAUCGAAGCUGAGAAAGCCAUUGCUCAACCAAUUCCGGAAACUCUUCCAGAAGAAAUGCAAGAAUUUGAUGAGGCAUGUGCAGUUCAAACAGAAAGCAAUAUAAUGGAGACUAGUACAGACUCUCUAGAAUUGGAAGAUGCAGAGAAAAAAUAUCAUCCGCUGUGUCGAAGCUCCGAUUCUCUGGAAAUGAAAACGACUCUAGAUCCUCCGUCCUUGAGUUCGGAUUCAUUAAAUAAUAUAAAGGAAAAGGAAACUGCCGAGCAAUACAGUGGCAGCACAAGACGCAUUUCCUCGGAUUCUCUUGAGAUGCCUUCAGUAGAGCAACAGGAUGUCGAGAGAAGCAGCGGCAGCAACGGACAUCACGCAGGAGAAGACCAUUCUCUCGGAAGAACAACUUCGAUCGGAACUACGGCGAGAAAUGGCAAAACGAAAAGGUCAAGCGAUACGUAGAACAAUUUUUAUGGAUAAGCGGACCAUCAGGAAGGAUUUUGUCACGAUUUCGUAAACAUAUUACCGAAUAAUUCAAGAAGCUUUAUAUGUAAAACACGAUAUUAAAUAUAAUGUACUAAAGAACUUGUGCAUUGUGGACAUACAAAAUACGAUUACAUUUUGUUCUUGUUUUACGCGAUGUCUUCUGGUAAUAUUUACAUUAUGCUUAGGUAAAAUAGUUGCUAUCUUUAAAAUAUAAUAUUGUUGCGUGGGAUAAGGAAGUGAGGGAAUGCUUGCUUGUUUGCCAUUAUUAAAUUCGGACAGACGUAUUUGUUGUAAUAAUUCUUGCUGUAUUUAUUCAAGAAAACUUAAACAAUCUAACUGUUUUUGAAGUCUUUACAUAUAUUAAGUUACAUUUUUUAAUACAUAUACUUUUUGAAGUGCUACUUACAUAUUCUACUUGUAUUGUAACGCGUACGAGCGCGCGCGAUACUGCUGUACUAUUAUAGCGUGUUUUAUAAAACGUUUUGAUUAUAAGAUGUCUUUGUGGAAUGCGCUUUCGUAAAAUUUUAUAUUUGACGUAUUUAGUAAUCAUGUAAUAAUUUCAAGCGAGACAUUUGCGAAACUCAAAAAUACAAUAAUGCUAUCUUAACGCAUGUUUACAAAGGACAGAUACAUAAGGACAGAUAUAUAAUAUUAUAUCUAAAUAGAAAAUUUUAUAUACGAAUAUAAUAUUUAGGACACACACAUUACGGAAAGUAGCAAAUAUACUUUUUCUAUUUAAAUAAUUCCAACAAUUGUUUGAUAAUUUAUUGUUUUCUUAAAAACAACGUUAUUGUACAUGUUAUCAAUUAUGUUUACAUAUGUAUUGUAUAUUAUUCCAAGUUAUAAUAAUGUGAUUAAAAAAUUUUGUUUUUUUUAACAAUGAAAAUAUAAAUCUGCAUUAAUUGAAACUUGUUAGCAUACAUGCUUAUUUUUCCUAUAUAUUGCGUUAAUACAUUUGCUGUCUUAUUUGUCGUCAACGACACAUGAUUGUCAUAAGAAAUAAAUGCUUAUUAGACUUAUAUCAUGUAAAAGAUACCUCACGAACAAUAAAUAAACAGCGAACAUAUAAAA